AAGAUGUACAUCUAAAUUGCUAAACAUAUCUAAUCAUAACAUUAAUAAUAAUAAUUAUCAGAGAGAAAAAGAGAGAUGGCAUCUUCAGGUUCAAGUGUUGGAGAUAAAUAUAGGAAUUUAGAUGAAGAGGAAAAGAAGAACACUGUAUGGAGAUUUGGUCAACCUCCUAACUAUGACAUUGUAAAUAAGCUCUUUGAAGAAGGACAGACUAAGGUAUGGCCUCCUGGUUCACUUGAAGAAAUGGUGCAAAACCUUACCAAGACUUGGGAAAUGGAGCUUUUACAUAAAGCACGUAUUGAGGACUUUAAAUUAAUGGAACCCAAUUUCAUUUACAGCCUAAAUGGUAGGAAAGGGUGGAGUUUGGAAGAGGUGGGGAAAAUGGGAGGAGGGUACAACCCACAUCUACAAACAUCAUUGCCAGAGCAUCUAAGAAUCUAUGACCCAGCAGUGGAAACAUCAGAGUCAUCACACAGGGCAUUCACAACAACAUUCCCUCGUGGGUUCGCCAUAGAGAUUCAGAAGGUCUACUCUGGUCCUCCACAGAUUGUUUACAAGUUUCGUCAUUGGGGUUAUAUGGAAGGACCCUUCAUGGGCCAUGCUCCUACCGGUGAACUCAUUGAAUUCUUCGGCAUCGCUAUUAUGCAGAUGAGUGAAAACAACAAACUUGCUAAGGUGGAGUUCUUCUAUGAUCGUGGAGAGCUUCUUGGGCAACUUGUGAAGGGAGAAAAAGUUGAAGCUAAAGAUGGAGAAAUUGCCUCAACCUGCCCUAUUAUGAGGAGCACCGGCUAGUACUUUAGUACUACUAUUAUGAAUUUUCAAAUAAAUAGCAAAUACUAGCUAUAAAUCUCUAUUAUUAUUAUUAUUAUUAUUAUUAUUAUUAUUAUUAUGUAUGAGCUUUAUAAUAUUUUAGAAUAAAAAUGACAACUUUGAUCAUGAGUUAAAAAUA